AUGCUAUCUAAGCAAUUCAUUAAGAGAACCUUCGGUACUGCUAUCCCAGUCUAACCCAGACUCACUCAACUACUCAUUGAUGGUAAAUUCGUUAACUCAGUUAGUGGAAAAACUUUCGAUACCUUCAAUCCCUCAACAGAAGAGAAAAUUAUCUCAGUUUAAGAGGCUGAUAAGCAUGAUGUUGACAAAGCAGUCAAUGCUGCUAGAAAGGCUUUUGAUGAAGGUCCAUGGAGAAGAAUGGCAGCAUCUGAGCGAGGAAAGAUUAUGUAUAGAUUUGCUGAUCUAGUCGAAAAGCACACAGAUGAAUUAGCUAACUUGGAGGCUUUAGAUAAUGGUAAACCAGCAGCUAUUGCAAAAAUUGCAGAUAUACCAUUAGUCGUAAAUACCUUAAGAUACUAUGCUGGCUGGACUGACAAAAUACAUGGCAAGACCAUCCCAGUUAAUGGGCCAUACUUUGCUUAUACCAAAGAGGAGCCAGUAGGAGUCUGUGGAUAGAUUAUUCCAUGGAACUUCCCAGCAGCUAUGCUUGCCUGGAAACUUGGACCUGCUUUGGCUACUGGAUGCACAACUGUAGUUAAGACAGCAGAGUAAACUCCACUUUCAGCUUUAAGAAUUGGUGAGUUGGCUAUGGAAGCAGGAUUCCCCAAUGGAGUCAUCAACAUCCUCUCAGGUUAUGGUCCAACUGCAGGAUAAGCUCUUGCUCAGCAUCAUUUGGUCGAUAAAGUAGCAUUUACUGGAUCUACUGAAGUUGGCUAUGAGAUCAUGAAAACUGCUCACAAGCACAAUCUUAAGAGAAUCACACUCGAGCUUGGAGGUAAAUCAGCUAACAUUGUUAUGGAUGAUGCUGAUAUUGACUUCGCUAUCGCCUAAUCUCAAUUUGCCUUGUUCUUCAACCAAGGGCAAUGCUGCAUUGCUGGUAGCAGACUUUUUGUUCAUGAAAAGAUUUACGAUACUUUUGUAAACAGAGCUGCUGAACUUGCAAAGAAGACUGUAAUUGGAAACCAAUUCGACCCAAAUACUCAGUAAGGCCCAUAAGUUAACUAAGAGCAACUAACCAAGAUCUUAGGUUUCAUUGAAUCAGGUAAGAAAGAGGGUGCUAAGCUUCUUACUGGAGGUAAGAGACACGGAAAUAAGGGAUUCUUCGUAGAACCAACUAUUUUCGCUGAUGUCUAAGAUAACAUGACAAUUGCUAAGGAGGAAAUCUUUGGACCAGUCCUCUCAAUCCUCAAGUUCAAGACUGUUGAUGAGGUUAUUCAAAGAGCCAACAACUCAGCCUAUGGUCUUGGUGCUGGUCUCGUGACCAACAACAUGGAUAAUGCUAUUAAGAUCUCGAACGGACUUAGAGCUGGUACUGUAUAUGUUAACUGCUAUGAUGUCUUUGAUGCUGCUGCACCUUUCGGAGGAUUCAAGGACUCUGGACUUGGAAGAGAACUAGGAGAAGCAGGUCUCAGAAACUAUUUGGAAAGCAAGACCGUCAUUAUUAAGAGACCAGAUGACUCACUUCCAUGA